AUGGCUGAUGCAGUGAGCCCCUAUGCCACCAUCCCUGUCAAGUCCCACAUCCCCGUGACAUUGGAACUCUGCUCCUCCAACUACAGCAAAUGGAGCUCCUUCUUCCAGGCCAUGUGUGGCAAGUUUGGCCUCAUGGGGCACAUUCAUGGGACCCUUCCUCCUAAUCCCAUCACUGCUGCAUGGAGCCAAGCAGAUUGCUGUGUCCGCAGCUGGCUAUACGACUCCGUCUCCGACUCUGCCUUGGACUUCACCAUGGAAGACAACCAGACCGCGCACCAGCUUUGGGUCGCCAUCGAACGUCACAUCCAGGCCAACCAGGCUCCCCGUGCCAUCUUCCUGAGUCAUGAGUUCCACUCCAUGACUCAAGGGGACCUCUCUGUUGAGGACUAUGGCAAGAAGAUGAAAAGAGCUGCCGAUGCCCUUCACGCCGUUGGGCAGCCCGUUGCCGACUCCACGCUCGUCCUCAACCUCCUCCGCGGCGCCAACCCCCGCUACAGCACCACUAGUGACUUCAUCGCCGCCACGCCGAACAUCACCUUUGCUGCGGCGCUUGAUCAACUCGCUCUCAAGGAGCUGUGUUUGGCGAACGAAACCAAGGUUGCGGCUUCCACUGCCCUUGUUGCCUCCACACCAUCCGGCUGA